AUGGUCAAGGUAAACAGUAAGAAAUUAUCAAGUACUAGAAACAAUGCUUCCAAUAAUAAGAAACAAGCACAGAAUAACAUGUUGUUGGCCCAGAAUGAAUUUUCCUCUGCAUUGUUUGGUCAAUUUGUGCAGGAAAAUGGAAAUGGAAAUUUGAUCAUUUCACCAUUUUCGAUUUAUAUUGCAAUGAUGAAUUGCAUGUUGGGAACAGGUGGAGAAACAUUGAGGGAAAUGAUUGAUGGCUUGUUUUUGAGAGAAAGUUUUAAUAGUUGUAAAAUGGAAAAUGCAGUUGAGCAAUUCCAAAAAUGGAAGGAAAGUGAAUUGAAGCAAUAUUCGGGUAUGAUUAAGAAUAUUGUUCAAAAUGAGAGCGUUUUAUCAAUUGCCAAUAGAAUUUAUCUGGAAAAAUCUCUUGGUGUUAAGAAUGAAUUUAUUAAUGAGUUGGUUGACCAAUUUGAUUCUCAAACUCAAUUGGCAAACUUUAAGGGUAUGGCCAAUAUAGAAGUGAAGAAUAUCAAUGCAUGGGUUGCAUCCAAUACUAAGAAUAAUAUCAAGAAUUUAAUAUCUAAAUUGGAUUCAGACACACUUAUGGUCAUUGUAAAUGCAAUUUACUUUAAUGGAAAGUGGAAACAUCAAUUUAACAAGAAUAGAACUAUUGAAAAAUCAUUUAACACCUUGAAUGGAGAAUGCAACUGUCAAAUGAUGAGUUUGGAAGAUUGCAAGUCAAAAUUCCUCUAUGAAGAAAUGGAUGAUUAUCAAAUUUUACAAUUACCAUACACAGAUGAAGAAUAUUGUAUGACAUUUAUUAAACCAAAUGAUGAUUUAGAGAUUGAUGAAGAAAACGAAACAGAAUUUAACAAGUGGCUUCAAUCCAAGUUGACCGAUAUUAGUCGACUCAAUCCAAGUGAAUCAGUCAAAAUGAACAGAAUUCAAAUUCCAAAAUUCAAAUUUGAAAAGCAAUUUGACAAUAUCAUUCCAACUAUAGCCAAGAAACCAUUCGAAAUCAAUAGAUUGUUUAGUCCAACCAAUGCUGAUUUUUCCAAUAUGCUCUCCAAUCCACAAGUUGAUGGUGUAUGUGUCAGUCAAAUAAUUCACAAGGCAUGCAUUCAAGUAGAUGAGUCAGGAACAGUGGCAAGUGCUGCAACUGCCGUAGCUUGUAAACGAAAGAGAAGGGCUGCAUCUGAGGAGGUUUAUGAAUUCAUUGCUGACAGACCUUUUGCUUUUAUUUUGCAUCACGUUCCAACUCAGAGUGUUCUCUUUGUUGGUAAGAUUAAUGAAAUUACAAGCAAUUAG